CAUUUCCAUCAGGUGGAAGGAGAUAAAGAGGUUGGGAAAAUGUCACCAUUGGUUAGACUUGGCACUGAAAAAGGUGCAGAGGUAGUGAAAGGGGCAGUUUUGAUGCUUUAUGUUCUUUUGGCUGCUUUUGGUCUAAGCAAGGCACUUCCUCUCACUUGUAUAUUCCUUUGUGCAUUGACCUUGCCAAUGGGAAACCUGGUCAUUAGAUUUGUCGAAGACAAUCACAAGGACAAAAAUAAGAUUUUCAUGGCUAAGUACUUCUGUGUAAGGCUGCAUGCUUUGUUUGGAGUUGCUCUGGCCUUAGGCCUAGUACUGGCUAGAAAAAUAACAUUUACGUCAUGGCCAAUAUUGAGUUGAAGAUUGGCUUGUGGAAAGAGGAAGUAAUGUGCACUAUGGGGUGAAAAACCAUAACAUUCUGGUCACCAACACUUUCUUCUGCAUAUAUGGCUUCGAAACAAUUCUUACUUUCUUGCCCUUCUUGUGGCCAAAUGAGUUUGAAGAAACUGAAUGACAUUGAUAACAAUCAAGAGUUGUACAGAAAGCAGAAGAUGGUUCCACUACACAGCCGCCUUUCAGUGUUAGCCCUUAGUUGAUUAGAAUCACAACUACAGCUGCUGCUACGAAUUUUUUUUUUGUGAAAUCAGAUCACAUGGAGAUUCUUUAGUAUUUUACAACAAACUAUACAGAUUACAAAGAAAAUUGGAUUUAUCAUAGAGCGAAAUCCUUCAAGCUUUACUAAUUAAUGAAAUGAGAUGUGUAAAUAACAAUAAAAAUUAGUGUGUAGGCUUCUAUUAUUCAUGAUAAAGUAGGAAAUAUAAGAAGUUGAAAGAUGUUGUAUAACUAAAA